AUAAAGACGAUGAUGACGACGACAGCGACACUGUGGUUAUGAUUUACAGUAUGAUAAAACGCAACUAGAGCUCUAUCCGUGCUGUCGCAUUUAUAAAGCGGAUGUCCCUGAAGAAAAGCUCCGAGGUGCCUCUGGGCGGAGGCACUGGAUGGGAAGAGCUGCGAUCCGCGAGGAAGAUCCUCGCUCUCAGCCGGGGCCUGGCGCCGGUCGCUACGACCCUGGGCUGGUGGCUCCGGCAUGGGGAGUGGAGCCCCCGGAGCUGCUGCAGCGGCGUGGUGAGGGAGCAGCCAGAGGGAGGCAGCUGCGGCUCGGCGGUGAGUAUCCGGGAAGCGCCGCCAUGGGGCUCCGUAAGAAGGGCACCAAGAACCCCCCGGUGCUGAGCCAAGAAUUCAUCCUGCAGAAUCAUGCGGACCUCGUCUCCUGCGUGGGGAUGUUCUUCGUGCUGGGGCUCAUGUUCGAGGGAACGGCCGAAGUGUCGAUCGUUUUCCUCACUCUUCAGCACAGCGUGGUGGUCCCUGCGGAAGAACUGGCUGCGGGAUCCAAGACGCUGUAUCAUUACGGGGUCAAAGAUUUGGCCACGGUCUUCUUCUACAUGCUGGUGGUGAUCAUCAUUCACGCCACGAUCCAGGAGUACGUCCUGGAUAAAAUUAGCAGGAGGAUGCAGUUCACCAAAGCCAAACAGAACAAAUUUAAUGAAUCUGGCCAGUUUAGUGUAUUCUACAUUGUCUCCUGUAUCUGGGGCACAAUCAUCCUCAUGUCCGAAAACUGCCUGUCAGACCCCACUCUCCUGUGGAGGACUCAUUCCCACACCAUGAUGACGUUUCAAAUGAAGUUUUUCUACAUCUCACAGUUGGCUUACUGGUUUCAUGGUUUUCCGGAACUCUACUUCCAGAGAAUCCGAAAACAAGAUAUCCCUAGUCAACUCAUCUACAUUGGUCUUCACCUCUUUCACAUCACUGGAGCCUAUCUCUUGUACUUGAACCACCUGGGACUACUUCUGUUGGUGCUGCAUUAUUUCGUUGAAUUGAUUUCCCACCUGUGCGACGUGUUUUAUUUCAGUGAUGAGAAGUACCAGAAGGGGGUUUCUCUGUGGACCAUCGUGUUUGUCUUGGGGCGACUCACGACUUUAGUUGUUUCAUUGGUCACUGUUGGGCUACACUUGGUUGUAUCCCAUUCCCGGGAUGGGGAUACGGAUUCCAUCAGUGGAAACGUCAACGUGUUGGCGGCUGAAAUCGCUGUUCUGUCGUCCAGUUGCACCAUCCAAGCCUAUAUAACAUGGACCUUACUGACAGUCUGGCUUCAGAGGUGGCUAGAGGAUUCUAAUCUUCAGGCCUCGAGUCUGAAGAAGAAAAAACCCAUGAUUAAAGGCCGGUCUUCUAGAAAAGGAACAGAAAAUGGAGUGGAGACUGCAAACAGAGUAGAUGCCCCGCCAAAGAGGAAAGAGAAAACUUCAUAAUGAUUUAUCAGCUAAUUGAGCAAUAUCUCCAAAGGAAUCUGCUCUAUCCUAUGAGAUCUCUCUCUCUCUCUGUGUGCUAGAGAUUUUUUUCUGUUCUUCAAAAUAGUUUGUGCUCUUUGAUCAUUGCUAUUGUACUGUUUAAUGUGUAUUUUAAGUAAUUUGAAGGGAGAAUAAGUGGAAAACAUUUUGGUUAAGACUAAGCUACGCAACAUCAAAAUAGUGAAAAAAAAAACACCUUAAGGAUAACUAUGAUAUUUUGUUUUUGAUUUUUUUUGCCUAGAACAUUUCCUAAUGAUUUGUGGAGUUGACUAUAAAAUUCCUCAAUAAGUGAUAACAAUUUCUUGCUCCCAUCAAUAUUCUAUGGUAUUAACAAAGUAGAUUGUUAUAGCAAGGUCAUAUUUUUAAUAUUCUCUUUUGAAAGAAUAUAGAAAAUUCUUUAAAGGUGGAAGUUAAAUCAGUGUUCUCUAAUUGUUAUUUUUUUUGUUGUUUAGAAUUUGCAAAAGAGAAAAAAUUUGUGAGACCAUCAAAAUAUUCAUGUGUUUUAUUUUAUAGAGAGUGAUUGUUAAUGCUACAUCCCCAUUGAAGAAUCCAAAUACUAAUUGAUAAAAUAUAUGGAACUUAUUGCCAUAUAUAUUGAAUCAAAAUAUCUUUAAUUAAUAUAAAGUAUCACUUAAGAGGUAAAAUCAUUCCUGUCCAUUUUUAACACUUGUAAAUGGGAACUCAUAAAAUUAAAAAUGACUGAAGAAAAUACA